CACAGCGCUUGUUACCAUUUCCGUGUACUUCCGCACGCGCGCACGCUCGUACGUGCUUACACGCACACGCACGCUUUCCUCGUGACACCUUCCACCUUUACCUACUAAGUCGGGCUCUGGUUUGUUGUCUCCUCGGAAUUGUACUAAGGCGCCUAGAUGCCAACCUCAUCUCCUUGGUCCCGGAGAGGAGCUUUGAGGGGCUGUCCUCCCUCCGCCACCUCUGGCUGGACGACAAUGCGCUCACGGAGAUCCCUGUCAGGGCCCUCAACAGCCUCCCCGCCCUGCAGGCCAUGACCCUGGCCCUCAACCGCAUCAGCCGCAUCCCCGACUACGCCUUCCAGAACCUCACCAGCCUCGUGGUGCUGCAUCUGCACAACAACCGCAUCCAGCGUCUGGGAACCCACAGCUUUGAGGGGCUGCGCAGCCUGGAGACUCUAGACCUGAAUUAUAACGAGCUGCAGGAGUUUCCCAUGGCCGUCCGCACCCUGGGCAGACUGCAGGAGCUGGGUUUCCAUAACAACAACAUCAAGGCUAUCCCGGAAAAGGCCUUCAUGGGGAACCCUCUGCUGCAGACGAUACACUUUUACGAUAACCCGAUCCAGUUUGUGGGAAGGUCGGCAUUCCAGUACCUGCCUAAACUGCACACGCUAUCCCUGAACGGCGCCACUGACAUCCAGGAGUUCCCGGAUCUCAAAGGCACCACCAGCCUGGAGAUCCUGACGCUGACCCGCGCGGGCAUCCGGCUGCUCCCGGCGGGGAUGUGCCAACAGCUGCCCAGACUCCGAGUGCUGGAGCUGUCUCAUAACCAAAUCGAGGAGCUGCCCAGCCUGCACCGCUGUCAGAAGCUGGAGGAAAUCGGCCUCCAACACAACCGCAUCUGGGAAAUCGGAGCCGACACCUUCAGCCAGCUGAGCUCCCUGCAGUCGCUGGACCUUAGCUGGAAUGCCAUCCGCUCCAUCCACCCUGAGGCCUUCUCAAGCCUGCGCUCCCUGGUCAAGCUGGACCUGACAGACAACCAGCUGACCACGCUGCCCCUGGCCGGACUCGGGGGCCUGAUGCAUCUGAAGCUCAGAGGGAACCUGGCUCUAUCUCAGGCCUUCUCCAAGGACAGUUUCCCCAAGCUGAGGGUCCUGGAGGUGCCCUAUGCCUACCAGUGCUGCGCCUACAGCCUGUGCGCCGGCUUCUUCAAGGCCUCUGGGCCGUGGGAGGCCGAGGACUUUCACCUUGAGGAUGAGGAGGCUCCAAAGAGGCCCCUGGGGCUCCUCGCUGGACAAGCAGAGACCCACUAUGACCUGGACCUGGAUGAGCUCCAGCUGGAAAUGGAGGACUCAAAGCCACACCCCAGUGUCCAGUGUAGCCCCAUUCCAGGCCCCUUCAAGCCCUGCGAGCACCUGUUUGAAAGCUGGGGCAUCCGCCUGGCGGUGUGGGCCAUCGUGCUGCUCUCCGUGCUCUGCAACGGGCUGGUGCUGCUGACCGUGUUUGCGGGGGGCCCUGUGCCCCUGCCCCCCGUCAAGUUCGUGGUGGGCGCGAUCGCGGGCGCCAACACGCUGACCGGAAUCUCCUGCGGCCUCCUGGCCUCCGUGGACGCCCUGACCUUCGGCCAGUUCGCCGAGUACGGCGCGCGCUGGGAGACGGGGCUGGGCUGCAGGGCCACCGGCUUCCUGGCGGUGCUGGGGUCCGAGGCGUCCGUGCUGCUGCUCACGCUGGCCGCCGUGCAGUGCAGCGUGGCCGUCUCGUGCGUGCGGGCCUACGGGAAGGCGCCGUCCCUGGGCAGCGUGCGGGCAGGGGCGCUGGGCUGCCUGGCGCUGGCGGGGCUGGCCGCCGCGCUGCCGCUCGCCUCGGUGGGCGAGUACGGGGCCUCCCCGCUCUGCCUGCCCUACGCCCCGCCCGACGGCCAGCCCGCCGCCCUGGGCUUCGCCGCGGCCCUGGUGAUGAUGAACUCCUUCUGCUUCCUGGUGGUGGCCGGCGCCUACACCAAGCUCUACUGCGACCUGCCGCGCGGCGACCUGGAGGCCGUGUGGGACUGCGCCAUGGUGAGGCACGUGGCCUGGCUCAUCUUCGCCGACGGGCUCCUCUACUGCCCCGUGGCCUUCCUCAGCUUCGCCUCCAUGCUGGGCCUCUUCCCGGUCACGCCGGAGGCCGUCAAGUCCGUCCUGCUCGUGGUGCUGCCGCUGCCCGCCUGCCUCAACCCGCUGCUCUACCUGCUCUUCAACCCCCACUUCCGCGACGACCUGCGGCGCCUCUGGCCGCACCCGGGCGCCGCGGGGCCCCUGGCCCACGCUGCAGCCGGCGAGCUGGAGAAGAGCUCCUGCGAUUCCACCCAGGCCCUGGUGGCCUUCUCUGACGUGGAUCUCAUUCUGGAAGCUUCUGAGGCCGGACGGCCCCCGGGGCUGGAGACCUAUGGCUUCCCCCCAGUGACCCUCAUCUGCCAGCAGCCCGGGGCCCUCAGGCCGGAGGGCAGCCGUUUCGUAGAGCCAGAGGGGACCCACUUUGGGAGCCCACAGCCCUCCGUGGACGGAGAACUGCUGCUGAGGGCGGAGGGGGCCACGUCGGCAGGUGGAGGCUCGUCAGUGGGCGGGGGCUUCCGGCCUUCCAGCUCAGCCUUUGCCUCGCACUUAUAAAUGUCCCUCCCCAUUCUCCUCUUCCCACCUCUUCCCUUCGCUCUGUCCUCCUCCACUCUGUGAAUGAUGGCUGCUUAUAAAUAAAUACAACCAAAAUUCAACAGUGUGAUCCGUGGCAGGGUGGCCCGAUCCCUGGCUCCACUGGCUCCUGUCCCCUGUGACCAUCACCAGUGAGCCCGUGUCAGCUUCACCUUCAUUCUGGGCCUCUUCCCUGUCUGUCUGCAGCUGUGGACCAGAGACCCGGAAGUCUGUCUACUCAAGGGAAGUAAAAGACCAUGGAAGGUUUGGGGGGCUGAGCAGGCCCAGGGGCAGGGCACAAUGGCAGGGAGACCUCACAGAGAAAGGCCUGGAAGGGGGCACCAAAGGCACUUAGGCGUCUCCCCUGUGACUCAUGGAAAUGAUACAGUGUGUUGUGUUCCAUUAAUCUUGACAUAUGCUAUGCAAAAAGACUUCUAUUAAAAUAAGUUUUGGAAGAGAUUAUAUAUUAAUAUCAUGUCCAUUUCUUAGAGAGUCACAGUACAUGUUAGUAAAGACCCUGAGAAUUCCUGCAGUAGUAAAAUCUAUUGAACUUUGUUUAACCCAGUUCCCCAAAUUAUUUGCCAGCAGGUUUUUGUUUGCUUGUGUGGUUUUCGUGGACUACCUAUUGACAUCACAGCACUUAGCUCUGUUCUUGCCCUGGAAGCUCAUCUCUGUACCACCCAGUGCUACCCAGUGACGUCACAAAAAUGCCACUACUUCUUGAAAGUCCUAUUGUAAGAGUUCAAGCAGGGGUGAAGUGCCAGAGGCAACUGAUGAUUCCAUCAACCAGGAGAGAAUCUCAAUACUCCCCCCCUCUUAUCCCACCCUAGAGAGGAUGGGAGGGUGGGAGCCCUGGAUCCCGGCAGGAUACACGCAGGGAAGUCUGCGGAUAUUCCCUCUGGCUCUGAGUUGCCUGCCUAUGGCUCUCCAUCAGAUGCCCCCUGCCACCUCCUGCCACAAGCUGGGUCCCGCCUUCUCAUCGCAUGUCCUGCCUACUCUGUGGGACAGGGAGCCCUUAGCAAAGAGGAGAGAUAUUUUCAUUUGUAGGUAUUGCAUUUAGGAAGCAUUGGAGGUAUCUGAGACCCCUGAGUGCCCUCAGAUAGGCCACUGACCCUUCUGCCUCUACCCUCCUUGACCUUUCUACCAGAUGCCCCUGAGUGUUUCCAGAGUGCUCCAUCCCCCACCCAGCCCCAAACACACACACAUUCAAUCUCAGCGUAAGGAGGUGAGAGCUAGGGCACCCUGGCAGACAUAAAAAGAGAAUCCGAGACUCAGGAAAGGGCAAGACUUGUUCCAGAGCACCCCGACAUCAGCCACUUCAGGAGGACAGGAGUCUAUCAUAGAAUCCUGAGACCAAAGGGAACACAGUCCUCCUGCUGAAUCCUGGCGUGGUCUUCGGCCAGCUCUACCCCCAGGGGCUACUACCCCAAGAAAGCCCUUCUUCUAGUCUCCUAGUUCCAGUUUCUGAAACUUAGUUUCUCUGCUAUCUCCCUGCUGCCCCCAACGCCUAGUGGAAAUUUGGACAUAGGUCAACAUGUCUUGGGUACAGACAUGAGGCAGGGACCAUGGAUGGAACUUAGCAUAUUUCUAAAUCUUGUCUGACUCAUUGAGUUGCCACAACUGUAACAGGCUCUGAAGCUGAAUGUGCUAGCCUUGUAAUCCCAGAAGAAACUUAGGGUCCCAGCAUGGGGUCAACUUCAGAGUAGGUACUCCCUAAACGACUGUGGAUAUAUUUAUUAUUUCUUUGAGAGCCCCUGAUGUCUCAAUUUCCUCAGGGCUAAUCAAGAGCUCUUGAUGGGAAGGGUUUGCUCUCCUAUGGGUACUGAGAAUUGGUGACUCUUAUCAGGGAAAGGAGUUCUCUGAGAUGCCCCAGGGAUGACAAAAUGUUUGAUUUGGGGGAGCCUUGAUUUCUAAAGUCACCCCAGACCAUUCCUCACUCCCUCACCCACCAAGUUGCCCUUGGACUUAGAGGAGCCAGUGUGGAGGUGGAGCAGAUUGGCCAUGUGCUAUAGUAACUGUUUCCUACAGGUAACCUUUUCUAUAAAAAGGGGGCCAGUGCUUUUUGGCUGUAAGCUCUUGUGUGGCACCAUGGUCCCCUUGUCUGCUUCUAAAGCUCUGGCAUCUGUAGAUCAGAGUAGCAUCUGCUGGCUUUCUGGUCAAAGAAGUGUGGGGGAAGGGAGUGGAGGUGUUUGCCAUGAACAAUUUCCAUUAUUCAAAAAGUCUAGUAGGUGUUAUACAUUUAUCCCAAAUAAGGCUGUGCAGUAAAGUUUUUUUGUUUUUGUCUGAAAUUCUAACAAGUUAGUAUAUUACUCCUUUGGUUAUGUCCAUUAUGAUAAGUAGAUUAUGAAGAUGGUGUGUGUCUUUGAUCACAAAACCAAAAACCAAAUUAUUCAGUGCAUGUAAAUGCAUUUUGUUUGGUUGAUAAAAUCUUCCAAAAUGGUGUCGCUGGGGAAGAAUCUCUCCAAGGCGACUGCAGAGUUGGAAAUAUUGAGAACUGCUGACCUGGUAUGUGUUGCCCCAGCUCUGUGUGCUACACCUUGGCAACUGUCGCCAACCACAAUCUCCUCUCAGACAGACUUGUAGAGGAGAACUUCUGAGGGUGGACCAUUGUUUUUAUAUGCACCUCUGAACACCCCAAGAAGAAAGUCCAGAAAAUUCAGAGCUGAGAAUUGAAGACUAUGGAUUAACAGAACCUCGAGCUGGGCCUUCUCCUUGCCUUUCUCUCCCCUCCUCUAGCCUCCAACUUCCUUCUAUUAAUUGUUUCCCUUUCAAGGAAGAAUGAAAGGUUUAAAGAGUAAGGGAGGGGAAGAAGGAAGAGCUGGCGACAGUCAGUAGGUCUGAGUAAGUGGGGAUGAUGGGAGAGCCAGAAUCCCUAAUCCUUCCUGGCUUCAUCUCCUCUAACUACCUCUGCUCUGGUUUAGUGAGCUCUCCCACCUUUCACUCACCACCCUAUAUCACUUCUGGGUUUCAGCCCCAUGCCCUCUCCAGCUGUGUGAAGUGUAAGAAUUGUCAAGAUGUAAAUAUUUGGAUUCUUCUGUAUAAUAAAGCACCAGU